ACAUAAGGAACCUCAUCAUAGACUGCAACUAGAAGAUUCGUAUGUGGCGUGGAUGGAGACACUGAUUUGCGCAGCUUUCCCUCGUUAUGCCUGGAUGGAGUAGCAGUCAUCAGUCUGCAUGAAGCGUCAUUUGGAUUAUUAAAGCACUUUUCGUGGGACCUUCUACUACGUAUAGUCGAGUAUCUGGUCAUAUGAAAAGUAAAAAUUGUCCCACUGAGGUUGAUUGCUUCAAAAGUGUAAAUUCAUGCAGGUCAGACUUGUACUUUAGUUUCUAAGCGGACUGUCACUAUACGCGCAAAGUUUGAAAAUAGUCGAUAUGGCUAUGGUUGUGUGGAGAAACCCUGAAGGCGUGGGGGACUCCCAGGGGACCCUUUCGUCCCCCGUGUCCCAGGUUGCACCCCUACCCCUACCCGGGGAUCUGGUGGGACACAUGAACCCAACAGCCUCUCUGGAAAUCCCCGCGGCUCCAGCGGGAUCCCAGGGCGCAUCCAGCACCUCUGUCACUACACCCGGCAACGGGAACAACAACUCUUCCUCCUCUUCGUCGUCCUCCUCGUCCGGAGACAAGCAACAGAGCCAGCAGAUUGAGUGCAUCGUGUGCGGGGACAAGUCCAGCGGAAAGCAUUAUGGCCAGUUCACCUGUGAGGGAUGUAAGAGCUUCUUCAAACGCAGCGUCAGGCGGAACCUGACCUAUACUUGCCGGGCCAACAGGAACUGUCCCGUGGACCAGCACCACCGCAACCAGUGCCAGUACUGCCGCCUCAAGAAGUGUCUCAAAGUGGGCAUGCGGAGAGAAGGUACAGUGCACACCGCAGCUGUGCAGAGAGGCCGUGUGCCCACUCAGUCUUAUCACGGUCAGUUCGCUUUGACAAACGGGGACCCUCUGCAGUGCCACUCGUAUCUGUCCGGAUACAUCUCGCUGCUGCUACGGGCCGAGCCUUACCCCACCUCCAGGUUUGGCUCCCAGUGCCUCCAGAACAACAACCUAAUGGGCAUCGAGAACAUCUGCGAGUUGGCGGCGCGGAUGCUCUUCAGCGCAGUGGAGUGGGCCCGGAACAUCCCAUUCUUUCCUGAUCUGCAGGUACCGGACCAGGUCGCCUUAUUGCGCCUCACUUGGAGUGAACUGUUCGUGCUUAACGCGGCGCAAUGCUCCAUGCCCGUACACGUCGCCCCACUGUUGGCCGCCGCCGGGCUACACGCUUCCCCCAUGUCCGCUGACCGCGUAGUGGCCUUCAUGGAUCACAUCCGGGUUUUCCAGGAGCAGGUGGAGAAGCUCAAGGUGCUCCACGUGGACUCAGCAGAGUACAGCUGCAUCAAGGCCAUCGUCCUGUUCACAACAGAUGCCUGCGGUCUGUCGGACGUGGCUCACGUGGAGGGUCUGCAGGAGAAGUCGCAGUGUGCUCUGGAGGAGUACGUGAGGAGCCAGUAUCCCAACCAACCCACCAGGUUUGGAAAGCUGCUCCUACGCCUGCCCUCUCUGCGCAGCGUCUCUUCCUCUGUCAUAGAGCAGCUCUUCUUUGUGCGUCUGGUGGGAAAGACUCCCAUAGAAACUCUUAUAAGAGACAUGCUGCUGUCUGGGAGCAGCUUCAACUGGCCGUACAUGCCUAUUCAGUAGAAGAAGCUACCACGGUGCUAUAAGGUCAGGAACGGUCCCAUACCUCAAAUUCAGCCAACUGAACUACUGCAUCUGUAAACCUGCUGUUUCUAACAAGGGAAACACUGCACUCGCCACUGGGAAUAUGAUUGACUUCUCUCUGGAAGCAAACCACAGAAUUUCCCUUGUUAGAAUGGAGUCACUUGUGAGAGUACUAACUGCAUACGGCAUGGACCUGCCCUGUGUGGGACUACUCACAUUCUGUGUGGUUUGGGAUAACAAACUAUAUUUAUUGGACCUUGUGUGUAUUUAUCGUGCUCGUAAAUUAUGAUUUUGAUCCUUUUCCACUAUUUCUGUAUUUCUUGCCCCAAGUAGUGAAAAAACUGCAGGGAAUAUCUUGUGUCAAUUUUUUUACACCUUCUGAACGAUACGGCACUUUGAAAAAAAAACAUUUUUUUAUGUUAACCAGUGUUUCAAAUGCAACAUUUACAGGUUGGUUGCAGGUUUAUGUCACUUUAACUCAAGUUUUGGAAUGAAAAUGGAUGAGAUUACGCUGUUUUUGUUGCUUUUGUUUUAUUUGUAAAAGAAAUACAGCAAGGCAACUAAAACAGGGAAGUAAUAACAUUUUAUAUAGAUUUAUUGGGAACCAUUGUGGUUAUGGCAGUAACUUUUCCUCUUAUAAUAUUUUCUAUAUGGUAUUUUUGUCUUCUUUUUUUGUAAAGUGUAAAGGACAUAUUUCUAUCUUUCGAACCAGAAUGGCAACACUUUUUUAUGUCUACAUUUGUCAACACUACUUUAAACCUGGGUGUUUUCGUUUAUGCAUCCAAAGUCAUCUCUCUUUUACACUGUUGACAUUGACCCAGGUGAGCGGCUAUAUGAGUUAGACACAUCAACAGCAUAUUGGGAGUGGUGAUGUUUACAGUGUCCCAGAGGUGAGGGUUUUGGAUAGGAGAGAGGUGACAUGAGCCCAGCUACUUUCGGGCACCACACACCACUGCAGGGUAUUGCUCUUAAAUUUGAGUAUCGUAUGUGUGCGUGCAUGCGUUUGUGUGGCUGAAUGUUUUUGUGCUUACUUCUUUCUGACAACACUCUG